AUGACAUAUCUAGUGAAAGAUUAUGAUGGAAUACGAGACACAACAACACUUGUGUCAGUAGAUAGCAAGGAAUUCAAUAAGCUCAUGAAGAGUGUUUAUGUAGGACGUAUUGAAGAGAAGGAUGUGAACGCACUGAUGAUUUAUGAAGCGGGUCAGAACAAGAACUAUCUUAUGAAGUCAGGCAUGAGAUUCUUUGACGAAAGAGAUGACAUUUACAGCUAUUUCAGAGGAUAUGAGUAUGAGGUACUGAAUGAAGUAGAUGAAAGCAUUAUUGAAGGAUAUUUGAAACAUGUUCACGAUGUCAUAUGUAAUGAGGAUGAAGAGCUUUAUGAGUAUGUUUUGAACUGGUUCGCCUACAUCGUUCAAAAUCCUUGUGGAAAGACUGGAACAGUACUUUUGUUAACAGGAAAGCAAGGAACUGGUAAGAAUGUACUUAGUAAUGUUCUAUGCGAGCUCAUUAGCAAGUACGCCAACAAUAAUAUAACGGCAAUAGAGAAUGUGGUUGGUAGAUUCAAUGCUGCUAUUGAGAACAUGAAGCUCAUCGUAUGCAAUGAACCAAGCUCAUGCGAUACGUCUAAGGUCAUGAACCACGACGCACUAAAGUCAAUAGUAACAGAGACUCAGUUGGACUUAAAUCAGAAGUGUCAGCCAGUAAGAAAGAUAGAGAAUGUUUGUAAUAUUCUUAUAUACGAAAAAAAGAGAUCUGACAUUGUGUCAGAUCUCAGUAAAAGUGACAUUUACAUGUCAAAAAAAUAG